CCCAGACCCUGACACCCAGGGCCUGUCGGCUCGGACAGACAGCAUAUAUGUCAGCCAGCCGCGAAGGCACCCAAAGACCAGGCGGUAGGCCCCAGGCAGAGGGCGCAAAGCCACCCUCUUAGGCAAUAUUCAUGACGAGAGUCUUCCACGAGCAGGGCAUCCUCUUCGGCUACCGACACCCACAGAGUUCCGCCACCGCCUGCCUCCUCAGCCUUUUCCAGAUGACCAAUGAGACCCUCAACAUCUGGACUCACUUGCUGCCCUUCUGGUUCUUCAUGUGGAGGUUUGUGACCGCCUUGUAUGUGACGGACAUCCAGAAUGACAGCUACUCCUGGCCUCUGUUUGUGUACAUGGGCUCCAGCUGCGUGUACCCGCUUGCGUCCAGCUGUGCGCACACCUUCAGCUCCAUGUCCGGGAAUGCCCGGCACAUCUGCUACUUCCUGGACUAUGGUGCCGUCAACCUCUUCAGCCUGGGCUCAGCCAUUGCAUACUCUGCCUAUUCGGUCCCCGACGUCAUGGUGAGCAGCACCUUCCACGACUACUACGUACCCUUGGCUGUGCUGAACGCCAUCAUCAGCACUGGCCUCUCCUGCUACUCCAGGUUUCUUGAAAUCCAGAAGCCCGGGCUCUGCAAGCUGGUUCGCAUCCUUGCUUUUGCUUAUCCCUACACCUGGGACUCCCUUCCCAUCUUCUACAGGCUGUUCCCGCUCCCGGGGGACGGUGCGCAGAAUGAAGCUGUCUUGUACCACCAGAAGCACAUGGCCAUGACCCUCCUGGCCUCUUUCUUCUACUCGGCACACCUGCCUGAGCGCCUGGCGCCUGGCCGCUUCGACUACAUCGGUCACAGUCACCAGCUCUUCCAUGUGUGUGUGAUCCUGGCCACGCACCUGCAGAUGGAAGCCAUACUUCUGGACAAGACUCUGAGGAGGGAAUGGCUCCUGGCCAACUCCAGGCCCCUGUCUUUCCCUCAGAUAGCUGGAGCCAUACUUCUGUGCCUCAUCUUCAACCUCGGCAACAUAAUUUAUUUCUCAGCUGCUCUGUAUCGGAUUCCUGAGCCAGAAUUACAUAAAAAAGAAACAUGAUUCAGAUCAUAA